AGAUGAUGGAAGAAAUAAAGCAUAAAAAUUACGAUCUCACAUUGGGGGAAACGGCGAAGCUGAGGAAGAAAGCUGAGCAAGAGGAGCAUCAACAUCUCAUGGCCUUGAACGAUGCCGAAAAUAAGCGUUUACUCGAGCGGAGGAUGGAGCGUCUCCGGAAGGAGGAAAUACAGGAGAAAGUCCGCAAGCUACAAAUUGACCAAAACAGGGUGUCCCUUCAGGAGGAAUUCCUCAAGGAGAAAGAGAUGGAAGUGCUUCGCUUACAGGAAGAAUCCAGGAACUUCAUCACUCUUGAAAACCUGGACCAGCGGAUCGAGGAGUGCCUGAGCAAGACCCAGAAUUACAAUUUCGCCAUCGACAAAGACGGGAGGAUAGUUAAGAGGACAUCCAUGCCGUAACCAGCUCUCGGAGGGAGGGGGCCUUUCCAUCCAGAUCCGAGGUUUGCCGGGAGCGAUUGAGGGAUGGCAUACGCUCCACCCCAUCAGCAUCACUACCCUCAAAACAGGGAGUGGCAGAUAAUUCAUGCUGUCCAAACUGGGCGAAUCUGGUUUUGCAACCUUUUGCAGGAAGAAAAUGGAUCUUCUUCCGAGAUUUUGGGGUUUUUUUUUGGCAUCUCAUCCUCAGUCGUUCCUGCGUUUUUAAGAACUCCGUUCAGCUUUUGAUCCUGUUUCCGUAUGCGUGCAACCAAUUUGCUCCUCAGUCUUUUUUUUUUUUUGAAAAACCAUUGACCUAUUUGCUAGGUUUCUCCGGAUUGCUCGGAAAUUAAACGCAAUAUUU